GCUCUGAUGUGGCUCCGUAGUGUGGGGGUGAAUGUGGAUAGUGAGAGGAGCAGCUGUGGGCUGUGGAGAGGGAUGGCAAUCCCACGCCGGCCCUGGACCCGGAUCGGGACCUGUCCACAGAUUGAGAAGCACCCAGGGCACCAGGUCCUGGGCUCUGCACCAGCCCAUGCUCUUCUGUCCCCAAGCUUCCUCCACCCUGACCAGUUCGAGUGACCAUGGAAGAAGACUGUGGGGACCAAAGACAGACUGAACAAGGAACCAAAGAGGCCUAGGAAAGCAGAAGUGGGACGUGGAGACCAGACCUUCUGUGAGGAGGCUUGAAAGUGUUCCCCCUCAGGAGCCUGACAUUGCUGUGGGUGAUGUCUGUGCCAUAGAAAUGACCCUGGGGAAUGGGAGGGCAUGGCUGCCUACAGCUCUACUCCUUCUACAGGUCCCAGGCUCCACUGAAGCCCCCAGCAUCAUGAGGUCCACCAGCCCCCCAGGCCUUCACAAGACCCUGCCAGCACCCACGGGGAGCACUGCGAUCCAACAAGAGACCCCCAGUCCCAGCCGACAUCCGGGGUCCCUGCUCAGCAGCAUCUACUUCUUGUUCCUGGUCUUCCUGGAGGUGCCCCUGCUUCUAAGCAUGCUCAGUGUGGUCCUCUGGGUGACCAGACCUCAGAGGGGCUCUGGGGGACGGGCGGAGUCAGCCUGAUUAUGAAGACCAGUAACACCUAUUGCCCAUUGAUGAUCUGUCCGGGAACACAGCGCCCCUCAUGGAUGGGAACGGCCUUCUGACCAAUACUUCCAGCUGUUGUCCACAUUUCUAUCAGAAUACUCUGUAUGGGAAUGCAAGCUGGUGCAGCCACUCUGGAAAACAGUAUGGAGGUUCCUCAAAAAACUAAAAAUAGAACUACCCUACGACCCAGCAAUCGCACUACUC